AUGGAGCCGAGUGUUGAAUAUGACAAAUGGCUGGGCGGAGUGAGCGUGGAUGACCCAUCCCGACCUUCGAUAUCAGUAAGCCUCGGUGUCGGUUGUCGUUUGCACAGUGCGCGGCGGGUCAUUUGUGAACGAAUGGCGGCACUUGGCUCUGCCGGCAAACAUCUUCUCCUAAUCCGGUCACUCCGAGAAGCGUUACCACAAUGCCGUUCCGAGUUGCGCGGUAAUGGCGUGCUUUGGGUGGAUAUAGGCUUGGACCCUGGUCCAGGCCGCGAAGAUUUGUGGAUCUUAGUACUAUAA